UGACCGUUCGCCGAUCGUCGUCAUCGUGCAAUGGUCGACGUCACACGAGGAUCGUCUAUCUACCCAAUUCGAACGGCCAUGGAGCCGCCCAAGAUGUACAUAAGCAGGACCGGACUAUGGGUGAAGAAGGCUCGACAGGACGAGACGAUUUGCACUUGUCAACCACACAACUUUUCAUAACCUCGACACCUUCAACCUCUCAUUUUCCAACCUAACUUUUAGCAACCUCCUCAUCAUGUCCCCCGCACCCGUCGACUACUCCAACUCGACCGCGCUCGUCACCGGCGGCUCGUCAGGGAUCGGACAGGCCAUCGCGACCGAGCUCGUAGCCCGUGGCAUCGCUAGACUCGUCAUCGUCGCCCAUAACCAGGAAAAGCUGGACAAGGCCGCUGAGGAGCUCAAACAGUCUGCGACCGGUACCUCUGGAUCGAAGUUGGAAGUCAAGACCAUCAGCGCGGAUUUGGCUAGUCGGGAUGCGGCGGAGCAGAUCAAGAGCCAGAUCGAAGGGUGGGGAUGGAACGUCGAUAUCCUGGUCAACAAUGCCGGGUUGGCGAGGAAACAACAGUUCGGUCUGAAGGGGGAGAACGACAUUUCUCUCCGGACCGUCGAUGUGAUGGUCCGAGCUGUCAUCGACCUCUCCCUUCAUUUCUUACCGGGGAUGGUAGAACGAGGAUCGGGGGGACUGUUGAACGUCUGUUCGACGGCGUGUUACCAGCCGGUACCGUUUACCGCCAUGUACGCGGCUAGCAAGGCGUUCAUGCUCUCCUGGUCUCAAGCGAUCAGGGAAGAGAACAAGGAUACGGGAGUGAGGAUCGCCAUGAUCGUCCCCGGGAUCACGGAGACCAACCUCGACGGACAGGGACAUGGGGAACGACGAGGCGCUCUAGACGCUAUCGGGAUCGAUAAACCGGAGACAGUGGCUAAAGCCGCGGUGGAUGCGUACGAGGAGAAUGCGGCGCAGAAGAUUGUAGGCUGGAAUAACUGGGCGAUGCAGACUGCCCUGGGGUUGGUACCCGACUCGAUCAAGGCGAGCAUGGUCGCUUCGGCCAGAGGCAAGCCCGAGGAUUCGGACGAUAUCGGCGCUUCUGUCCUCUCGUUCCAUCUGGCAGAAGAACAAAAGAGCUAG